GAAUAGCCCCUGAACCCUGAAUCUAUUGAAUGCUUCGUUGUCAGUGCCAACCUGCCCCCGAGUGAGAAUGAACUAGGUCCAGAACCUUGGAGAGCUUUCUCUACACUUUGCAGUUGUUUCAUUGUGGACCAACGCAGGACAUGGUUUAGAGAGAGCGAGUUGCUCCCGGACCCACCAUGCUAGCGAGGCUCCUGCUGGCGCUUUGCCAGGCUCUCCUGCUGGCGCUGUGUGUGGCGCCAAGCAACGACUUUGACUGGACCAAGACGGACCGCGGUUCCUUCUACUACGGCACCUUCCCAACUGGGUUCUCGUGGGGUGCCGGAGGUUCUGCCUACCAGACCGAGGGUGCCUGGGACAAAGAUGGCAAGGGGAGGAGUAUCUGGGAUGUUUUUGCCCACAAAAAGGGCAAAAUCUUCCUCAAUGAUACAGGGGAUUCCACCUGUGAAGGUUACUACAAAUUCAAGGAUGACAUCACCUUGAUGACGGAAAUGAAACUGAAUCAUUAUCGUUUCUCCAUCUCCUGGCCAAGGAUUCUACCCCAUGGGAUCAAAACGGAACAUCUAAACGAGAAGGGAAUCAAACAUUAUGAUGACCUGAUCAACACGCUGCUGGAAAACAACAUCACACCGAUAGUCACCCUGUAUCACUGGGAUUUACCUCAAAUCUUAGAGGAGAAGUACGGCGGAUGGCAGAACGUUAGCAUGAUCAACUACUUCAACGACUUUGCCAACUUGUGCUUCGAGCGAUUUGGGAGCAGAAUCAAGUACUGGAUUACCUUCAAUAACCCCUGGUCUGUGGCAGUGGAGGGCUAUGAGACAGGAGAGCACGCUCCAGGACUGCAGCUGAGAGGAACAGGAGCCUACAGGGCAGCACACCACAUCAUCAAGGCGCAUGCUAAAGUUUGGCAUACUUAUGACACACAGUGGAGAAGCAAACAGAAAGGGCUGGUGGGCAUCUCCCUGUCUGCUGACUGGGGAGAGCCGGUGGACAUUACCAACCAGAGGGACAUCGAAGCAGCUGAGCGAUACGUGCAGUUCUACCUGGGCUGGUUCGCUACGCCCAUCUUUAACGGAGACUACCCACAGGUUAUGAAGGACUAUAUAGGCAGGAAGAGUGCCCAGCUGGGUCUGGGGUCGUCCAGGCUGCCCAUGUUCUCCUCUCAGGAGAAGAGCUACAUCAAAGGCACAUGUGACUUCCUGGGGAUCGGCCACUUCACAACACGCUAUGUCACGCAGAAGAACUUCCCCUCCGGCCGCGGCAGCAGCUACUUCUCUGACCGGGACCUGGCUGAACUGGUGGACCCUCGCUGGCCCGACCCUGGCUCCGAGUGGCUCUACUCCGUUCCCUGGGGCUUCCGACGCCUGCUUAACUUCGUCAAGACACAGUACGGUAAUCCUAUGAUAUAUGUGACGGAGAACGGCGUGUCGGAGAAGAUCAUGUGCACAGAUCUCUGUGACGACUGGAGGAUGCAGUACUUCAAGGAUUACAUCAAUGAGAUGCUCAAGGCGAUCAAUGACGGUGUGAAUGUGAUGGGCUACACAGCGUGGUCCCUACUGGACAAGUUUGAGUGGGACGAGGGCUUCUCGGAGAGGUUUGGGCUGUUCUACGUCGACUUCAGGAGCAAGAACAAACCCCGCUACCCGAAAGCUUCGGUCCAGUUCUACAAACGCAUCAUCAGCUCCAACGGGUUCCCCAAUCAGAGAGAGGUGGAGAGCUGGAGAAGAGAAGCUACCGAGACGUGCUCUUCCAGCAAUCAGCUCCUUGCUGCAGACCCCCUGACGAGCCACAUGGAGAUGGUGUCUGAGAUCGUUGUUCCGACGGUGUGCACCCUCUGCAUCCUGCUCAGUGCCGUCUUCCUCAUGUUCCUGCUGCGCCGACGCUUCUAGAAACCUGCUGCACCUGCAAACUGUCUAAACAUUAAAAUAAAAUGCUGCUGAUUUUGGUCUAUGACUCAUGACCAAGACCACAAUAAACAAAGGCUGAACAUGAUAGGCUGCUUUUUCAGGAGUCAAAUGUUGAUGUUUUCCUUCUUUAUUUAGAAAACUGAUUUUGUGUAACCAUGUUUAAUUGAAUAAAGUCCCUCCUAAAUGUAAAUACCAGUCACCCCCAACAUCACCACGUGAGUUUCAGGAUACAGAAUCAGCCCCUAAGAAGAUGAGAGAUGGAAGCAGAUUUGGAUCAGGGGUACUUUGAUGCUGGUGACACCAGAUUUCACUACGAACCAAUUCAGGAUUGAUGUUGAAAUGUAGGCUUUGUUUUUAAGGUACGUUUAUAACUUUUUAACAAAUGUUGUUGUUGUUUGCUUUUCCUGACCUUUCCAAACAGUCGUACAAUAUUAGCUGCCUUUUUAUAUAAGGUAAAUAUUGAGAUUGUUUUGGACAGAGAACAAUACAAUACACUAAAUAAAUAUAUAUAUGAUCAACUGUUAUACUGUCCACUGGUCUGUAGCCUAAAACAAAAAUAAAAUUCUACAAUAAUGCUUGGAAACAUACCCUAUUUCUAAGA